GUUGAAAAUGGAAAGUGCACAUCAAUGAAUGCCCUGGGGUGCACGUGCCCACACAUGCACCUCGUCUCGUCAGUGUGUGAGUCGAGUCAGUUGUCGGCCGGCUGCUGUCGGCUGAGCACGCCAUCGGGCCAGUCUGCUGCUGCUGCUCUUGUUUUGUUUGACGUCGUCGCAUUUCCCACCUUUUCAUUUCCGCUCUUCCGCAGGGCUAAGAGCGUCACGGUGAGCGGCCGAAGGUCAGCUGACAGAAAAUCAACGAUGGAUCAGCUCGAGUGGCGGCGCGCCAGAGACAGGGGUCACUGUCGCUACGACGACAACGGCGACGAGGACGUGGAGGCAUCCUACUUGGGCAGUCCGGCUUCCCGCCGGCAGAAGCGACGUCGCCGGCGCUCAUCGGAACGCCGGCACGAUGGCGAGCACGCCGCACGCCGCUCUCACUACGAGCGACGCGCCUGCCAGGAGCACAGCCAGCACGCCCGGCCGGCCUUCUACCGGGACAGCGACAACGAUGACGACCAAUGCCGCGACCGCCACGCUCAGAUCGUUGAGCGCGCCGACCUUUCAGGCGAGCCGCCCGCCGACCUUUCAGUGUCGCCGGCGGCCGAGAGGCUUCGUCACAUCCUGGGGGAGGACGACGGCACGCCCACGCCCACCAUCUUCACUGAGAUGGACACGCUGCAGCAGGAGGGCGGCGAGCUGGAGUGGAAGGAGUCGGCCAGGUGGGUGAAGUUCGAGGAGAAGGUGGAGGAGGGCGGCGAGCGCUGGAGCAAACCGCACGUGUCCACGCUGACGCUGCACAGCCUCUUUGAGCUGCGCACGUGUCUGCAGACCGGCAGCAUCCUCCUGGACCUGGAGGCUUUCUCCCUAGCGCAGAUUGUCGACGAGAUGGUGGAGCGGCAGAUCGCCGACGGCCUGAUCUCAGAGGAGGUGAAGGACAAGAUCGUCUUUGUGCUUCUGCGUAGACACCGUCACCAGACCAAGAAGCCCAUCCAUCGCUCGCUGGCCGACAUCGGGAAGUCGUCCGCCGCCGGCACCAACCGUAGUCCUCAGGCCAACCUGAGUCGCACCAGCUCGGCCGUCCGGCGCUCCACUGAUGACCUGCCGACGCGACGCGCCGGCACCCUGGGAGGCCUGCAUCACGCGCAGAGCCGCAGCAUGAACGACAUCUCGGAAACGCCCAGCUCCGACCAGAUGAGGAACAAAUUCAUGAAGAAGAUUCCCCGCGAUGCCGAGGCGUCCAACGUGCUGAUCGGCGAGGUGGAUUUUCUGGACAAGCCUUUCGUGUCCUUUGUGCGCUUGGCUCAGGCCGCGACGCUGGGUGGCCUCACCGAAGUCCCGGUGCCCACCAGGUUCCUCUUCAUCCUCCUGGGUCCUCCGGGCAAGACCAAGUCGUACAACGAGAUCGGGCGCGCCAUCGCCACGCUGAUGGUGGACGAGCUUUUCAGCGACGUAGCCUACAAAGCGCGGGAGCGCGAGGACCUUAUUGCUGGCUUGGACGAGUUUCUGGAUGAGGUCAUUGUGCUGCCCCCGGGAGAAUGGGACCCCAAAAUCCGCAUUGAACCCCCCAAGAAGGUUCCGUCGGCGGAGAUGAGGAAGUCUGUGCUGAACUUGAACGAGCCGCCGGCUCAGACCAACGGCUCGGCCGGGGGGGCGGCCGGCGGUGACGACGAGCAACUUCCCGUCCAGCACGCGGUCGGCGAAGAGCUCAAGUUCACCGGCAGGCUCGGCGGUGGCCUGUGGUUGGACGUGAAGAGGAAGACGCCGUGGUACUGCAGCGACAUCUACGACGGCUUCCACAUCCAGAGCAUCUCAGCCGUGCUCUUCAUCUACUUGGGCUGCAUCACCAACGCCAUCACCUUCGGCGGCCUGCUGGGCGACGCCACCGACAACUACCAGGGCGUGAUGGAGAGCUUCCUGGGGACGGCGUUGGCUGGAAGCGUCUUCUGUUUGUUCGGCGGGCAGCCGCUCAUCAUCCUCAGCUCCACCGGCCCCAUUCUCAUCUUUGAGAAGCUUCUCUACGAGUUUUGCAAGAACAACAGCGUGGACUACAUGGAGCUGCGCCUGUGGAUCGGGAUCCACUCGUGCCUGCAGUGCUUGAUCUUGGUGUUGUCCGACGCCAGCUACAUCAUCCAGUACAUGACCCGCUUCACGGAAGAAGGCUUCUCCAGCCUCAUCUCCUUCAUCUUCAUCUCUGACGCCAUCAAAAAGAUGAUGGGCGCCUUCAAGUAUUACCCCAUCAACCGCUCCUUCAAGCCCGACUAUGCCACGUCCUACAAGUGCGACUGCGUGCCUCCAGACCAGGCUCCUCUGGCCGACGACAACGCGUCGCUUCCGUUCAACGCCAGUGAUCUGGACUGGACUCGGCUGAGCAAGACGGAGUGCGUGGAGUACGGCGGCGCCCUGGUGGGCAACGCGUGCAAGUACGUGCCGGAUCUGGCCCUCAUGUCCUUCAUCCUCUUCUUCGGAACCUACUCCAUGACGGUGGCGCUCAAGAAGUUCAAGUUCAGCCGCUACUUCCCCACCAAGCUGCGUCAGCUGAUCAGCGACUUUGCCAUCGUCAUCUCCAUCCUUCUCUUCUGCGGACUGGACGCCUUUCUGGGCCUGGACACGGCCAAAUUACACAUUCCCAUGCACAUCAAGCUAAGGAAGCUAAUCAGUGAUUUUGCCAUCUUCAUGUCAAUCAUGUCCUUUGUGGCUCUGGAUAUGUUGAUGGGUUUAGACACGCCCAAACUGAUCGUUCCCACUGAGUUGAAGCCCACGCGCGCCGACCGCGGCUGGUUGGUGAUGCCGUUCGGGAGGAAUCCGUGGUGGUGGUACCUGGCCAGCUUCGUGCCGGCGCUGCUGGUCACCAUCCUGAUCUUCAUGGACCAGCAGAUCAGCGCCGUCAUCGUCAACCGCAAGGAGAACAAACUCAAGAAAGGUUGCGGGUACCACCUGGACCUGUUCUGGGUGGGUAUCCUGAUGGCCGUGUGCUCCUUCAUGGGGCUGCCGUGGUACGUGGCCGCCACCGUCAUCUCCAUUGCGCACAUCGACUCGCUCAAGAUGGAGAGCGAGUCCAGCGCCCCCGGGGAGCAGCCCCAGUUCCUGGGGGUCCGCGAGCAGAGGCUGACCGGAACUCUGGUCUUUGUCCUCACGGGGCUUUCUGUGUUCCUCGCCCCCGUCCUGCAGUACAUCCCCAUGCCGGUGCUGUACGGCGUCUUCCUCUACAUGGGCGUGGCGUCGCUCAGCGGGAUCCAGUUCUGGGAGCGCAUCAAGUUGUACCUGAUGCCGCCCAAGCACCAGCCGGACUUUGCCUUCCUGCGUCAUGUCCCUCUGCGCCGAGUCCACCUUUUCACCCUGGUCCAGAUCACCUGCCUGGCCGUCCUCUGGGUCCUCAAGUCCACCUUCCUGGCCAUCAUCUUCCCCGUGAUGAUCCUGGGUCUGAUGGUGGUGCGGAAGCUUCUAGAUAUGAUGUUUUCCCAGCAUGACCUGGCCUGGCUGGAUGACCUCCUGCCCGACAAAGACAAGAAAAACGAAGAUGACAAGAAAAAGAAGAAGAAGAAGAAGAAGAAAAGCGCCACCGAGGCGGAGAGCGACGAGGAGGCCGCUGCGUACCGUUGCCGCUCCAGGACCCAGACAUCGUCGCCCAAGCGCUCGAGUACACCGAGAACAACCCGGAGACGCUCGCAGGCCAGCACUUUUGCCUUCUCUUCUUCUUUUAAUGACUAAGAGUAACUCGGGUGACCAGAUUUGGGUUGGUGCUGUUGGUGUGCGCGACGCCGACGGCGGCGGCAAUCGAACAAAAUGCCGGACAAAUUCGAAAUGACCCCCAGACAUCUCAAAAGUAGGACAUGUCCUGGGAGAAAGAAGACGUCCGGUCACCCUCCUUGCUAUGUGCUAGAACUCCCUCUUUUAUUGACGUACUCAAACGUGACAGCGUGUCUUUAAGUGUCCGUUUGCUAGAGAUGUUGGUGUGUGCGCGUUUAAGCGGUCCCAAAAUGACCCGCCAUGGCAUUUCGACGGAUGGGAAAGGGCUAGCUCAUGAUGGCGCUCGCUCCAAACGUUAUGACUUUUUUUCAAGUUCACUAACUGGCCCGGAUUUACAUUAGUCUACCAUCAACCCUAAAAAUAUCGCGUGUUUUUUGAAGCGCGAGCCACUUGCGUUGCAUUGCACCUUGACGUCAUGUUAAACGAGGUAACUUGGCGCCCUCUGCCGUCACUUGUUUGCACUUGUACGAGAAGAACGUUUUCAAGGCCACAAGUCUUUUUAAUAGUAAAGUGUGAAGAGCUCAUUUCAGUGCAUGCUGAACAUAAUAUUGCCAUGUAGCUUCGCUCUAAAAAAACGGAUGACUGGUCGACAGAUCAUAUGAAUGUUGAAAGUAUCAAAAAGUAUGCAAUGAUUGCAUUUUAAGCAGGUGUCGUGGUUUAAAG